UAUUCUCGACAAUUGCUUCGGAUGCUAUAUCAUAAUAAUGACAUUAAGCGAGGCAAAACUGGCUGAAUUUUAAUCCAAUUGCAAGUAUAAAACAAUCAAUUAUAGAGUCGGUCCUGUAUGGAGAUGACAGUCUAUCUUGGAUACCUCUCUAAAAGAAGGAAUGCCAAGCAUCUCAUCUCUCCGCUCAGUGACGUCCCUCUCCAACAAACUAUUACCCCUGCCCUCUGUUUAGUAUCUCACUCUCUUUUCUUCCCUCUUCUAUUCUUUUUUUGGUUGUUAUCUGAUCUUUUUAUCAAUAGCUGUCAUUUAUCCAAGUUGAAAAAGAAGUGCAAAAUACCAGCUAUCGCUAGGUUUCCCCGUUUCUCUCAGUAUAGCCCCCAAAGUCGUCGCAAAAGGGUUCGCUUUAGUCAGAGAUAACUAGGCGCGCUUGUUAAUCCUAGGUCUGGUUGGAGUCGAUGGGUUGCUCUGUCUAUUGUUGUUCUCAGUCGGGUGUUAAGGGUGAACUUCCCACAUGAAACCAACUA